CAGUGUGCAAUAGCAGUGCUGGUAGCGGUGACGUUUGCUGACGGAAUUUCAAUCGUUCAAUCGCUUGAAAAAAAUUGUUUCUAAAUACAAACAAACCACAAAAUAAAGUUAAAUGAGGUUGCCGGUGCAGUUCAAGUGUUGCAUAUCGUAUUUAACAGAAAAGUUAUCUAAUUUAUAUCAUUAUCUAAAAAGAACAUGAAUAAGAGAAGAAGCAAAGGUUAGUUAUGUUUUUGGCCCCCAAAUCUACCCGAUUUGAUAUCAAGGUAUCGUGGGGGCCUAGGCGAGAGGAGACAUGUCCGUCGUCUCUGACUCGUUCUCUGAGGAGGAGCGCAGUCUAUUCCGUCCAUUCACCCGCGAAUCGCUCGCCGCCAUCGAGGCUCGAAUCGCUGAAGAACAUGCCAAGCAGAAAGAGCUCGAAAAGAAGAGAGCUGAAGGAGAAACUGGUUUUGGACGAAGGAAAAAGAAAAAAGAAAUUCGGUAUGAAGACGAGGACGAAGAUGAAGGCCCCCAACCAGAUCCCACUCUGGAACAAGGUUUGCCAAUUCCAGUACGUCUGCAAGGUUCUUUUCCUCCAGAACUUGCGAGCACACCACUCGAGGACAUCGACCCCUUUUAUAGUAACCAAUUGACGUUUGUAGUAAUAAGUAAAGGGAAGGACAUAUUUCGAUUCAGCGCAACAAAUGCCCUUUGGAUUUUAGAUCCUUUCAAUCCAAUCCGUCGCGUCGCCAUUUAUAUUUUAGUGCAUCCUUUGUUUUCACUUUUUAUUAUUACAACAAUUCUAGUCAAUUGCAUCCUCAUGAUUAUGCCAACAACUCCCACCGUAGAAUCAACCGAAGUGAUAUUCACUGGCAUCUAUACCUUCGAAUCAGCUGUGAAGGUGAUGGCGAGAGGAUUUAUUCUUCAACCGUUCACCUACCUUAGAGAUGCAUGGAACUGGCUCGACUUCGUAGUCAUAGCUUUAGCUUACGUUACUAUGGGUAUAGACCUGGGAAAUCUAGCUGCCUUAAGAACAUUUAGGGUACUUCGUGCCCUAAAAACCGUAGCCAUUGUGCCCGGUUUGAAGACCAUCGUAGGAGCUGUCAUAGAAUCUGUAAAAAAUCUACGAGAUGUGAUAAUUUUAACCAUGUUUUCUCUCUCCGUUUUUGCUUUAAUGGGUUUACAAAUUUAUAUGGGCGUUCUAACUCAAAAAUGUAUCAAAGUUUUCCCGAUGGACGGAUCGUGGGGCAACCUUACGGACGAGAACUGGGACAGGUUCAACAAAAACGAAACUAACUGGUAUUACGACGAAGGGAAUAUACCUCUCUGUGGAAAUUCUUCAGGUGCUGGCCAGUGCAAACCGGGCUAUAUUUGUCUGCAAGGUUACGGAGACAAUCCAAACUACGGAUAUACCAGCUUUGAUACAUUCGGUUGGGCCUUUCUUUCUGCCUUUAGAUUAAUGACUCAGGACUAUUGGGAAAAUUUAUAUCAACUGGUUUUGCGUUCAGCUGGUCCAUGGCACAUGUUGUUUUUCAUAGUGAUUAUCUUUCUAGGAUCUUUUUAUUUAGUUAAUUUAAUCUUAGCCAUUGUCGCUAUGUCGUACGACGAAUUGCAGAAGAAGGCUGAAGAGGAAGAAGCUGCCGAAGAAGAGGCGAUAAGAGAAGCGGAAAAAGCUGCUCAAGCGAAACAAGAUCGAGCAGACGCAAGAGCUGCUGCGGCAGAGGAAGCGGCGAGAGUCGCGGCCGGUGGGGGCACGGCAGGUAGUACCGACAUCGUAAAAUCGCCUUCGGACUUCUCGUGUCACAGCUAUGAGCUAUUUGUGAACCAACCCAAAGGACAAGACGAUAACAAUAAGGAGAAGAUGAGCAUAAGAUCGGAAGGAUUAGAUUCUGUGAGUGAGCAGAGAAGAAUACCUACUAACCCCACCAAGAUGCGGAAAGUCAGCGCUGCCAGUCUGAGUCUACCCGGAUCUCCAUUCAACUUGAGGCGAGGCUCCAGAGGUAGCCACCAAUUCACAUUGCGCAACAAUCGACGCAUGGUGGCGCCCCCUGGUGACCGCAAACCCUUGGUACUGUCUACCUAUCUUGAUGCCCAGGAACAUCUUCCUUACGCCGACGAUUCUAAUGCGGUCACUCCCAUGAGCGAGGAGAAUGGAGCCAUGGUAGUUCCAAUGUACUACGCCAAUCUUGGUUCACGUCACUCAUCGUACACUUCGCAUGCUUCACGGAUGUCUUACACCUCUCACGGAGAUCUAUUAGGUGGUUUUGGGGGAAAUGGAAAAAUGAUGACGAAGGAAAGUCAACUAAGAUGUCGCUCUAUGAGAAAUGGGCCAGCGAUGGCACCAAAUAAUUAUACGGAAUACACUCAGAAGCGUAUGGGAGAUUACGAUGGACCCACUGGGCAACUUUGCGAAAAAAUGAAGCACUUAGACAAUCCCUUUAUCGAUAAUAAUACUCAAAGGCAAACGAUGGUUGAAUUAAGAGACGUCAUGGUGCUCAACGACAUCAUAGAACAGGCAGCCGGUAGGCAAAGCGGCGAAGGUGAUCACGGAGUUUCCGUUUAUUAUUUCUCAGCCAAGAAUGAGGAGGAGGAAGAUGAGGAACAAGAGGAACCGACUAUUAAAGAGCGUCUACUGGAAUGGACUCUAAAAGUGAUCGAUAUGUUUUGCGUAUGGGAUUGUUGCGCUUGUUGGAUAACGAUUCAAAAAAGCGUAGCAUUCAUAGUAUUUGACCCGUUCGUAGAGUUAUUUAUUACGUUGUGUAUUGUCGUAAAUACAUUGUUCAUGGCCUUGGACCACUAUAAUAUGGACCACGAUCUGGAACGUGCACUCAAAAGCGGCAACUAUUUCUUCACGGCGACCUUCAUGAUCGAAGCUUCCAUGAAACUAAUAGCGAUGAGCCCGAAAUAUUACUUCCAAGAAGGCUGGAAUAUCUUCGAUUUUAUUAUAGUGGCCCUAUCUCUGUUGGAGCUCGGCCUUGAAGGAGUGCAGGGUUUAUCAGUGUUACGGUCCUUUCGACUGCUAAGGGUGUUCAAACUGGCCAAAUCUUGGCCAACUCUGAAUUUGCUCAUAUCAAUCAUGGGAAGAACUAUGGGAGCUCUCGGUAACUUGACAUUCGUCUUGUGUAUUAUCAUCUUCAUAUUCGCUGUGAUGGGGAUGCAGCUUUUCGGCAAGAAUUACUGGGAUAACGUUGACCGAUUUCCCGAUCAUUCGAUGCCACGAUGGAAUUUCACCGACUUUAUGCACUCAUUUAUGAUAGUAUUUAGGGUAUUGUGCGGCGAAUGGAUAGAAUCGAUGUGGGAUUGUAUGUUGGUUGGAGACGUCUCCUGCAUUCCGUUUUUCUUAGCUACUGUGGUGAUUGGUAACCUUGUGGUUCUUAACCUUUUCUUGGCUCUGCUUUUGAGUAACUUUGGUUCGUCAAGUUUAUCGGCACCAACCGCAGAUAAUGAUACUAACAAAAUUGCCGAGGCUUUUGACAGAAUUGGACGUUUUAUCGACUGGAUUAAGAUGAAUUGUUUGAAUUUUGCAAAACUUGUCCGUUUUAAGCUGACGAACCAGAUAUCCGAUCAGCCGCCAGAUACGCGCGAUGGUGGUUUAGACAUACAAGGUGAUGAACUUUUAGCAGACGGAAUUAUAUUUAAAGAUAAGAAGAGUCCUAAAGAUAGACUAGAAGUGACCAUCGGAGAUGGAAUGGAGUUCACCAUACAUGGAGAUUCUAAAACCAAUUCAAAGAGGGGCAAAAAUCUAAAUAAUAUAAACAAAAGUAAAACCAUUGGCAAUUCUAUUUUAGAACACGAUUUUAUUGGACAUUUAGACGACGACGAAAUUAGUAAUAAAUCAUACGGUAGUCAUAAACAUAGAUUUAAAGAUGAAAGUCACAAAGGUAGCGCCGACAUUUUGGACGAUCAUGAAGAAAAACGCGAUGCUAGUAAAGAGGAACUGGGGAUUGAAGAAGGAUUGGAUGAGGACGAAUCCGACAGUCAAGGACAAUUAGAAGAGGAUUCAAUUAUAGACGCAGCAACGGACGAUAUAAUCAUCGACGAAUAUUCCGCCGAUUGCUUUCCCGAAACUUGUUACAAAAAAUUUCCGUUCCUUGCCGGUGACGAAGACUCGCCAUUUUGGCAGGGGUGGGCUAACUUGCGCUAUAAGACGUUUCGCCUCAUCGAAAACAAGUAUUUCGAAACCGCCGUUAUUACCAUGAUUCUUCUGAGCAGUCUGGCGUUAGCGCUUGAAGAUGUCCACUUACAACAGAGGCCCAUUUUGCAAGAUAUUCUUUACUAUAUGGAUCGUAUAUUCACCGUGAUAUUUUUCUUCGAAAUGUUGAUUAAGUGGCUGGCUUUGGGUUUUCAAAAAUACUUCACCAACGCUUGGUGCUGGUUGGAUUUCGUAAUCGUUAUGGUUUCGCUGAUCAAUUUCAUUGCAUCCCUAUGCGGCGCCGGAGGCAUUCAAGCCUUCAAAACCAUGAGAACGCUUAGAGCUUUAAGGCCUCUACGCGCGAUGUCGAGGAUGCAAGGAAUGAGGGUGGUAGUAAAUGCUCUAGUUCAAGCUAUCCCAUCUAUCUUUAACGUAUUGCUAGUAUGCUUGAUAUUUUGGCUUAUAUUCGCUAUAAUGGGUGUGCAGUUAUUCGCUGGAAAAUAUCACAAGUGCGUAGACAACAACAAGGUCACACUCAGCUGGGAAAUUAUCCCCGAUUACAACGCUUGCAAAGCGGAAAACUACUCCUGGGACAACUCCCCUAUGAAUUUUGACCACGUCGGUAAAGCGUAUCUCUGUCUAUUCCAAGUCGCAACAUUCAAAGGAUGGAUCCAGAUCAUGAACGACGCUAUCGACUCCCGAGAACUGAACAAGCAACCCAUACGAGAGACCAACAUCUACAUGUAUUUGUACUUCGUGUUUUUCAUCAUAUUCGGUUCGUUCUUCACCCUCAACCUGUUCAUAGGAGUAAUCAUCGACAACUUCAAUGAGCAGAAGAAAAAGGCAGGUGGAUCGUUGGAAAUGUUUAUGACGGAGGAUCAGAAGAAAUAUUACAACGCGAUGAAGAAGAUGGGUUCCAAGAAGCCGAUGAAAGCCAUACCUCGGCCAAGAUGGAAGCCUCAGGCGGUGGUGUUUGAAAUAGUGACCAACAAAAAAUUCGACAUGAUCAUCAUGUUGUUCAUAGGACUCAAUAUGUUAACGAUGACCAUGGACCACUAUCAACAAAAAGAGACGUUCACCAAAGUUUUAGACUAUCUGAAUAUGAUUUUCAUAGUUAUAUUUACUACAGAGUGCCUCAUGAAAGUGUUUGCUUUGCGUUAUCACUAUUUUACGGAACCAUGGAACCUUUUCGAUUUAGUGGUGGUCAUAUUAUCGAUAUUAGGUCUAGUUCUCAGUGACAUUAUCGAGAAAUACUUUGUUUCGCCCACGUUGCUGAGAGUAGUGCGCGUUGCUAAAGUCGGACGAGUUCUUCGAUUGGUUAAAGGAGCGAAAGGAAUACGCACGUUACUGUUCGCACUCGCUAUGUCACUGCCUGCGCUCUUCAACAUCUGUUUGCUGCUCUUCUUGGUCAUGUUCAUAUUCGCAAUUUUCGGGAUGUCGUUCUUUAUGCACGUCAAGGACAAAAGCGGCCUCGAUGACGUUUACAACUUUAAGACCUUCGGACAAUCUAUGAUCUUAUUAUUUCAGAUGUCAACGUCCGCUGGGUGGGACGGUGUCCUGGACGGCAUAAUAAACGAAGAGGACUGUAAACAACCCGACAACGAAAUCGGGGAGACCGGCAAUUGCGGCAACUCUACAAUCGGCAUCGCUUUCCUGCUCAGCUACUUAGUGAUAUCGUUCUUAAUUGUUAUAAACAUGUAUAUCGCUGUUAUAUUAGAAAAUUAUUCUCAAGCCACGGAAGAUGUCCAAGAGGGUCUAACGGAUGACGAUUACGACAUGUACUACGAAAUCUGGCAACAGUUCGAUCCAGACGGUACCCAGUACAUUCGUUACGAUCAACUUUCCGAUUUCCUGGACGUAUUGGAACCGCCUCUCCAAAUCCAUAAACCGAACAAAUACAAAAUCGUUUCGAUGGACAUUCCCAUAUGCAAGGGUGAUCUGAUGUUUUGUGUAGAUAUUUUAGACGCGCUUACGAAAGACUUCUUCGCGCGUAAAGGCAACGCCAUUGACGAAACUGCCGAACUUAGCGAAGUACAACCGCGGCCUAACGAAGUCGGUUACGAGCAAGUGAGCACCACAUUGUGGCGGCAAAGGGAAGAAUAUUGCGCGAGGCUCAUACAAAACGCAUGGAGAAAACAUAAACGGAGUCGGGGAGCCCCGGAUCAAUCCGGCGACGAAGGGGAGGGAGAUGGUGACGGUGAACCGGAAGCGCGACAAACGGCUGUUCUAGUAGAGAGAAAUGGCCACAAAGUGGUGAUCCAUAGUCGGACUCCCAGUAUUAGUUCACGGUCGGCAGACGUAUGAGACAGGCUGCGUCCCUCCCCAACAUCUCCAUAGCACGACCAAUGUCGCGCCACAAAAUGGCCAGAAGCAUGGCCGUUAUCUCGGGUCAUUCUCAAACAUCUACUGACGUUGUUGUAAUCGUUCGAUUCGCCGAGGUAAACGGUCUUGUGGAUGAGCUUGUGUAAGUGUAGUUGGUGGAGAAGGUAUCGAUUCAAGUUUCAGCUGCUUCGCCGCUCAUACGACUGUCAAUUUUGACCGAACGGUAAUUUGAAUAGCGAUACGCUAUCGAGAGUAAAGUUGUAUGAUCGACAAACCUUUACGUAAAGCCGAAUUGUCGACGGAAGAAACGGAGAUUUGGUCCCAAAAUUCUCCAUUUCAUCGGAAAUCUAAGCCCAGUCGACAACGGCUUUUCCACUAGGCCCCUUUUAAUUUCAAAAUCCGGCGACACUUUUGAAAUUACGAGGACGGAUUUUAUUUAAACGCUGGAUAGCUCUAUAAGGGCUCUUCAAUGAGACGUUGUUUUAAUCCAAAGUAGAACGCGUUCAGUUUGCUAAAAUACUGAGGCUGGAUUCUCUGAUUCGGUUGCCUUUCAGUUAAUUAGAAAUACAGAUGUACAAAACCAUGGCAGAAACAUUUCCGGAGCGAAAAUCUAUCGGCAUCCGAUUCAGAUUUGGGCUAUAAAGUAUGCAAAGGCAUGUUUUGCAACAAUAUUGUGCACAAAUCGUAUUAGGAGCUGUUAGUAACUACAAAAUAAUAUGCAUUGUUGCGAGUCGAAAUGGAUAUUCUAAAACGGCCGGCCGAAUUCAAUAAGAAAAACUGUUAAGUGAUUUUUAAGUUACUUCUAAGAAAAUGGUGCUUUCUUCAACUGCUAAUAUUCAAGCUAACUUCACAUGCUAAUGGACCGCUAGCGGGAGGGGCGGCGGGAUAAUUUCUGCAAAAAGGUUUAAACAUUUUUGUAUGCCUCAUAUUGUAAGACAAAAAUGCCACCGUAUGAGUGACAUUUUCAAAUAACACCGACAAAAUAGCAUAACCACGAAAUGUUAGAGAAAAAUAGAAUGAAAUGUCACUCAUACCACGCCAAUGACACAAAAAAAAUCUAUUAUUUAAAAUGCUGUUACCUACGGGAUGGUUGAUGACACUUAUUUCGUCGGUAGCUUUAGUCAGCUUCACUAAUCUGGAGGCUAAACAAAAUUUUGGGUUUCACCUGCGACAAAUAUUUCUGAAGGAAAGUGUCAAUCAUCUUGUAUUAUCGCAAUUUCGUUAUGACUUAAUUCAUCUAUAUAUUGUUAAUAUUUUAUAUGACUAUUACGGGUUUGGAAAGUUUAUGAUAUUAGGUUUCGUGAUCGCCUAUGGUUGCUGUUGUUCCCAGACAGUAAUCUAGGAGAAAAGCAAAUUAUUUCGAUUUUUGGGUAAUAAUUCCAAACAAACGCGGAACUUCUCAAUAGCUUCAUCAGAAUAUUAAUAAUGAAUUCGCGCACUUAGAAAAUACCGGCUUAGUUGUUUGGAUUUAUUAUCCUGGACUAAUUGUAAGUGAAAUCCGACAUCGCAGUUUAAGUAAAUAAUCAUCAAAAGCUUUCCAUAAUUCGCGACGCAAAGUGAUACAAAUAUAUUUAUACGGACAACUGCUAUUUAAAUAUUUUAAAUUUGUUUCUAAUACCCUACAGCUUUUUCACAAAACAAAAAAUAACUCAAGUUGUUCGCAUUUUAAAUAUGUAAAUUUAUUUAAAUUAAAUUUGCUGCAAUGCAAACUAUACGAAUGCCGUUCCAUCAGCAGAUUGGUGCAUCUAAUUUUAAGGUACAUAAACACAGUGCAUUUUCGUAAAAUAAUAAAUAUACAGUCCUUUCUAUUAUACCUUAUAUUAUAUGGAAUUUUUCGAAAAAGUUUUAAAUGAGUGAUAAAAUGAAGCUAUUCCAAUCCAUAUUGUGAAACACAAAUAACACAUUUUGCACAUAAUGUGACUGUAUAAGGUUAUGCUUUCCUUUAAUUUCGCAUCAACUUUUUCAUUAAUAUAAACCAUGUAGAUACAUGUAAUAUAACAUGCGCACGUUAUUAAUGUUAAAAAAUGAUAAGUGUUCAUUACAAUGUAUCUACAUCUAAAAAAAGUAUUCAUGUAAUGAAUAAUCAUAGUAUUACAAUAUAUACAUAUAAUUUUUCUAAGCAAUCGUUGUUUUAGGGUAGCUAUUGAAACAUAAAACUUUAGUUGGUAAGCUUUGCGAAAAUUACAAGCGAUCUCGAUUUUGAAUUGUCCAUCUACCGUUUUGUUACAUUUCUAUUGUUUUGUUGAUUAUCAAUUUGAAUAAAAAAUUCAUAAAAAUGAAAA